ACAUGUCCCUUAAGCUUAGGUAUGAAAAGCAAAGAGCGAAAAGAGGGAAUGAAAGGAAAGUGCCCAACAGUGGAAAAAAAAGGAUCCCGUUUCUGAUAAGUAGCGAAGAUCACACCCUCAUUUCGAGCAUCCCCUCCAAAAAAAACCACGCUAGACAUUCUUCCACUCGACUCUUUCUCACACCAGACUCCCUUCAUCAUCCAUGGAAGACCAAUGCAGCCCAUUUAGCUGGGAAUUCUGCUACCAGGAAGAGGGCAUGGAGGAGCUGAGGCAAGCUUUCUUGUACGCUACUUUGGAGCUGCAGAGCACAAUUGCCUCAGCCAAGGAGGACAUCACAAGGAGAGAGCUAGAGAUAAUUCAAAUCAAGGAUCUGCUGACCAGGACCAUGAAAGAGAGGGAUGAGUCUCAAUCCAGAUGUAAGGAGCUGCAAUUGGAGAAACUUAUCCUCCGCCAACAAUUAAGCAGAAUAGUGCAACCGAAAUUAGUGGCAGCUCCAUCGCCACACAAAACUUCCAGUAGUGACGAUGAAGCAAUGUUGGUUUCCUCCAGAGUAAGUAAUUCUCCGCUGUCCCCAUCGCCGCCGCCACCGCCGUCGGCCACACCAGUGCCAACAGUGGCCCCAGAAUUUGUGGUCCAGAAGCCAUUGCCGCCCCAAGGGAAGCUAUUGCAGGCAGUGAUGGAGGCCGGGCCGCUCCUCCAGACGCUUCUCCUCGCAGGUCCCCUGCCUCAGUGGGAGCACCCACCACCACCACUUGACUCUACCGAGAUUCCUCCUGUGGCCGUUCCUUCUCCGAGCUCCAGCGCAAAGUUCAAUGGCCGUUUCGGUAACAAGAGGAGUUCGGAAUGCAGUGAAACCUCGGAAUCCCCCAAGAACAAGCAUCAGAAGCUCAUUUUACAUUGAUAGAAGAGCAAGUGCUUACCAAAAACUAGAACUUUAGUGUGCCCUUUUUCUUUUUUUCUCCUAGCAUGAUGAAAUGGGUGGCCCUUUUGCUUCACUUUAGAAGUAGACUAAGUCUCUCCUAGAUUUUCGAAAGAGGGAUCUUUAACUUUCAUUCCGAGAUGGAAAUAGACAAUCUUGUUCAGUAUUGAGUGUACUAAUUGUGGAUAUAUGUGUGUAUAGAGUUCUGGUAUAACUCGUUCAGAUUAGUAGCGGGGGGUCAUCUAAUGCCACCAUGUACUGGCUCUGCUAACUUCUGAAUACAACUUUUGGGACUCUUGAGACCCUCUUUGGAUAUUGGUGGGGGAAAAAAAA